CGAGCAUUUUCGACGUUGAAAUUAGUUGAUGUCCUGUCUCUUUUCUCUGGCUGGGACUGAUAUUACAUCAACCAUACAACCCUGGCAGUGCAAUCCCAUUUUCCUAAAGUAGCAUAUAUGCAACGUCUCACUGCUCUAUUUCGAACCGUAGUUAUAAGUGUUCCGGUUGGUAUCACUUUGGUGGAUGUCUUCGGUUAUGUUGCAAAGGUGGAGGGAUCGUCUAUGCAGCCGGCCUUGAAUCCGGACGGCGACAUCGGAGACUACGUGUUCCUGAACCGCUGGGCGGUGCGCCACUUUCAGCUGGCGCCGGGCGCCAUCGUGUCGCUCAGCUCGCCCAAGGACCCUGACCAGAAGCUGAUCAAGCGUGUGGUGGGCCUCGAAGGCGACGUGGUGCGCACGCUCGGCUACAGGCAGCCAGUGGUGCGCGUGCCGGACGGCCACUGCUGGGUGGAGGGCGACAAUCGCGGACACUCACUCGACUCCAACCUGCUGGGCCCGGUGGCCGUCGGUCUGGUGACGGCGCGCGCCUCACACGUGGUCUGGCCGCCGCGCCGGUGGCGCCGCCUGGAGCCGCAGCUGCCGGCGGACCGGCACCCGCUGAGCCGGGCCGCCAGUCACUGA